GGUCAUUUAUCCUGAAUCUAGUGGAUACACAUGGCAAAGAGAUAACUCUUCAGAACAGAGUCGAAUUGAUGCUAUCUGGAUCCCACAAAAAUGGAGUAAUAAAAUUAUAGACUGUUCACUAGAAAAUUUACAAUUAAUUACAGAAAAGGAGAAAAUAAAAACAUCUACUAUAACUUCUAGACAAGAGCGCUUCGGACCAACAAUUAACUCACUUGAAAAAACAUGGAAAACAUUAAAAAAUAUAAUAAUUGAAGCCGCUGACCAU